AUGGCAAAAACAACACCCCGAGCCAUCCCCUCGAUGGGCACAGGCCUCUUCACCCUCAGUCCUAUUACUACUCCAGGCACAGAACUCGUACGCAUCGACACUCCCCCGCUCACCGCCGUCCUCAACUCGUCGCGUCUCGCGGAUACAUGCGCAGGAUGCUACGAUAGCAGUGCCACCGUAGAAGGAAACCCCCAGGAAUUGAAAGAGUGCACGCGGUGUCGUGUUGUGAGGUAUUGUGGGAAGAACUGCCAACUAAAAGACUGGCGUUUCGCACACUCACUCGAAUGUCCCAUUUUCGCAAAACUGCAUCCCAGAAUCCUGCCAAAUAAUGUACGAGCAGUGCUGCGGAUUGUGCUACGACUCAAAAAUGGGAAAUGCAAACAGGACGAGCUUGACGCUUUUCUCAAGCUCAACACGCAUGCACGGGCAGAUCGAAACGAUAUAGUCCUGGCGGCCAAGGCUGUCAAGGAGUACUCAGGGACAGAUAUGGAUGAAGAUCUGAUUGCGUCGUUUUUUACAAGACUCGAAGUGAAUACCUUCAACCUGGUCGCCUACGACUGCACCCCCAUUGGUCUGUAUCUGGACUCAUACUCGUCGCUCAUGAACCACAGCUGUGACUACAAUGCCAUUGUCGUCUUUGACGGCGAUAGGAUGGUUGUCAAAGCCACAAGGCCGAUUGGCAAGGAUGAGCAGGUUUUUAUCUCGUAUAUUGAUACUACCUAUUGCGUGACGACGCGGCGGCGGCAGCUCAAAGAGCGGUAUUUCUUUGACUGCGAUUGUUUGAAAUGUACGCGCGAGCUUGAGAAUCCAGAUCUUGCAGCAGCAGAAGCGGCAGAGGCUGCUGGCGAGGCGCUUAUCAACUCGGUCUCAUCAUCACCGCAGUUGCAAGACGCCGACAUAAUCCAGAAAUACAAGACCGGGAUCAACACAAUACUGAAAAAUAUGCCGUCAAACCAAAACUCAUACAUUACAAAACAACCCUUUAUGGCACUGCGAAACGAGCUCAUAGUCGCCCUGAUAAAUGCCGGCCGAUACGACGACGCGUGGAUCCAGUGUGCCAUUGAAUACUUCAAAAUCGACCCUCUUCUCUACCCUAACCGUGGUCAUCCGCUUCGUCGGAUGCAUGCGUGGAGACUAGCCAAGAUUACUGCGUCUACAGGCCAGAAUCAACUGGCCCAACGGUUCAAUGUUGAUCCCGUUGUUGUGCUCUUGCAUGUCCUACAAUGGCUUGUUGACGGAGAGUCCGAGGCUUGCUCGGCGCCGUUGCUGCAGGCCCAGAUCAGGUCGGCGUAUCAAGGAGUCAGUCAGGUCCGGAGGGAUACUCGAAUGGGGUGGCCAGCGGUAGAGGAGCGGUUGGAGCAUGCUUUGCAGAGGGAGUUGGAGGAAUUGUCCUGA